UCGACACAUCUACGUGGUAUUUCACCGGCGCCGAAGCUCCCACCUAUUCUACACCUCCUAUGUCUUUUCACAAUGUCAAACUAGAGUCAAACGACUCUCCUGGACAGCCAACCGUCAUACAAAACGUCAGGAAGACAAGGCAUACUACCUACUUAGCAUCUUCAAUAUCUUCAUGCCACUACUUUAUAGUAAAGGUGACUAUGCGUUUGAGAGACUACGGCUAGAAAUUAAGCAAAAAAAUGCAGAAAAUACGAAACUGGAUCAUCUAUUGAGUAUGUUACCAGUAGCCUCUGAAGCAGCCUUCAACUCCCGUCUCAACCAGCAUGAGCCGGAGUGUCUUCCAAAUACUCGAGCAGAACUCCUUCAGGCUAUACAUGUAUGGAUCAGCAGUCAAGAUGAUAGAUGUAUCUUCUGGCUGAAUGGCAUAGCUGGCACAGGAAUAUCAACAAUUGCUCGUACUGUUGCUAGAAAAUACUAUGACGAGGGUGAGCUGGGAGCGAGCUAUUUCUCCGAGGCACAAACUACACGAUAUGUAAAAUCUCGACUAAACAUAUCCAACACCUUAACGCUACAUCGGGCUCAUCUAUAUCUCAGCAUAACAUUGUCACUGCAGAUUCCGAAGCUAUUAGUGCAGGCACGUGUGCAAGUUUUCUGCAAGAUCACUACAUUGCUUUAAUCGCCCUAUAUACGUAAUGAGAUAUGAAAUGAUGUGGGUAUCAUUUGCUGCAACUACGCCAAUGGGGAUGACAUUUUACGUACGUGUGUACUUUUCUCGCCCCAUUUCAAGCCAGGGAAAAUGCGGAAUGGGCAUUUUUCGCCCGAUGGCAGUCAGAUUGGCCCCUUUCACCCCCAGCCACCAAUGUGACCCGGUCCUACUCUAGGCAGCCAGCCGAAGAAUCAAUGAUUAAUCCACUUAACAAUGUUUGAUUGAUCGUUGGCGGCCUCGGACUAAGUGUUCCCCAUGUCGGCCAUCAGGCGAGCCUAUCACCUGCUUAUAUUACAUGUGUAUAC